AUGGCACCUUUGCUGCUACGGGAGUUCGUAACCUCUGUGUUUAUCUCUGCAGAUAAAUCCCUUGUCAAUUUAUCAGAGAGAUACAAACUCCUCCAGAUCCUCCAUGCUCUCCUUGUCUACACUUUCUUCCUCUUCCUUCGGUUUCUUCCCUUCCUCAUCCCUUCCGUACUCACUCCUCCAUUGUUGUCUGAGAACUCGAUUCUCAAAUCCUCUUCUGUUCAAUCAAAAUCUUCUACCACUACCAUACCUCAAACCUUCACUCCCAAUAAAGGUGUUGGAGGAUCCAGCAUCGCUAGAGCUUUGUCGCAGCUUCUAUCUCUCAUGAAUGAAAUCCCAGUCAACUCUCGCAAGUACGAAGUGGUCAGAUCUCUUGUAGACAAGCUUAUCGACGAAAACCUCCUCUGUAAAGGUUGCGAGUUUCUAAAGGAAGUUAACCGUGUCGCUCUCUCUGCCGCCUUCUCCAGAACGCUUAUUCAGCUCGAAGAUGCCAUGUCGAAGCAGGAGCGUCGUGGACGUGUCUCUGGUGAUGGUGGAUCAGUAUCCGGGUCUUGGUCUGGACCCGGACCUUUUAGUUACCGGGUGAGUAGAGUCUUGCGAGCUCUUCGGUCAUUCGGGGAGGGUGCAAGGUACGUCUUCGCCUGUGACGGUGGUGGCUCAGCCGAGAAAUGGGGGGUGGAGCUGCUUUGGUUGGCUCAGAAGAUGGCUGUUUGUGGAUGUGUUGAAGAGGCGGAAUGGAGGUGGGGAAUGGCGUCGAGCUUGGCUAGGCUGUCUCUCACGGCGGAGCCACGACUUCAAGGGUCGCUAGUCAAGGUCUCAGCAUUCUUGUUUAAGCAGAUCAAAGGAAUGAGGAAGGAAAUUGGAGAUGAAAAUAGUGAGGCAGAGCAACAUAGGGAAAGCAAGAUGAAGAUGCUAACGACAUGGUUGCCAUUGUUGUGUCGUGGAAGCAAUGGUGUGGAUGCACCUGUGUUAAGCAUCAGAGAAAGGGAGGAACUGGAAAGAGAACUGGAAGAGAUUAUAGAGACGUUGGGGCAAGAGGAAGAGAAGGAGAAGGUGUUAUCUCUAUGA